AGAAAGCAGCAUGGCAGCUGACCGGGACGACGGCUGGAUGCCGAAAAGGUCGCGGAGGAAGGCGGUAAUCCUCGUCGCAAUUCUGUUUAUCCUCCUCGUCCUGUUGGAUAUCGGCCGGAUUCUGGAAGGGAUAACAUCGCUGCUCACGCCUAUACUCGCCUCUACGGCCGUUUUCUACGUGCUAACUCUCUAUUUAAGUUCGUCUUGGAACACUCCAACGAGCUACUUUGUUAUAUCUUCCUGCAUCGUAGGCGAAAUCUUCAAUUCAACGUUCUUCGACAGAGGAAAUGGAUUAAGCAUUCAGUUCCUGUUAACUGUUUUAAUCUGCUUAUCCAUCAGCCUUUUUUUCUCGAAUUUGGAUAAGACGCAAGCAACCUGCGUUAUUUUUUCAGUUUCGGCCGUCCGAUUCGUCUGCUGCACCUCCUUCCCUAUUUGGCAAUUAGCCCCUUUUUUAGCUUAUACUUGUGCGUUUAUCGGAACGAUAGCCGCCAAAAGAACCGAGGCAUCACUAACUUCUGCAAAUGAAGAUGCUAUUGCUAGUGCAGUUGCGGCUGCAUCCGCUGCCGAUUACUCUUUUUAUGGUGAACAGUCGCUCAAGACUCCCAGUAUAAAGCGACGAAUUUCCGCUUCCGGCUUCUUCAACGUCCCUUUCUCUCAGCGUGUUGGUAGGAGAACAAGCCUUCCGGCAAUGAUCCAAAAACCUCAUCAGGUGAGCAAUGCAUUGGCUUUUCAAACACUAUUAUUCGAUAUAUGUCCUCGCCAACCCUUUACACCUAUGGCUUUGCUACCUCGAUUACCUUUUUACCUCUUUGAAUCUUUUUUUGGAUUGAGCAAACGUGGCGGUGACGUCAAAGCUAGAGUAUUACGCGAAAAAGGAUGUCACGAGGAAAGAGGCGUUACUAUAGCGACAAGAGGCGUCUACUAG